AAUCAGGUGCCUCCCGCAUCAUGUCCGUCUUACCCCUGCUCAGCUGGAUGCUGCUGCUCCUGGUCCAGAGCUCGUCCUCGGACCCGGCGUCCAACCUCCAGCCUCCUUCUCUGACCGUCCAUCCUCAGCACCAGCCGCCGCCAGACGCUGCCUCCGGCUCCCACUGCCCGUCCUGCGCCUUGGCCAGGAUGAGGAGGAACGAGGGGGGAACAGUGGAUGACAUGGCGGGACACGACCAAGAGGAGGAGGCGGCUCAGCAGGACGUGGUGGAGGCGGUGAAGAGACACAUCCUCAACAUGCUGCACCUCCAAGCCCGGCCCAACAUCACCCGGCCCGUGCCGCGCGCCGCGCUUCUCAACGCCCUGCGCAAGCUCCACGUGGGGCGAGUGGCGGAGGACGGCAGCGUGCAGAUCGAGGGGGAGGAGGAGGCGCGAGGGCGGGGAGGCCGGGGAGGAGGAGGGGGAGGAGCGGCGGCCGCCAUGGCUGCAGCUCGGGGGGGAGAUGGCGGCGACGCGCAGGAGACCACGGAGAUCAUCACCUUCGCUGAGGCUGGUGAGUCUCAGGGCGUGGUGAACUUCGUCCUGUCUAAAGAAGGAGGUGACAUGUCUCUGGUGGAGCAGGCCAACGUCUGGCUCUUCCUCCGUUUGGCAAAGACCAAUCGCAGCCGAGCCAAAGUCACCAUCCGCCUCUUCCAGCAGCGCCGGCUGCCAAACGGACGCCCGUCUUUGCCGCAGGAUGACGUCCUCCUGUCGGAGAAAACUGUGGACACGCGUCGCAGCGGCUGGCACACCUUCCCAGUGUCGGCGGCGGUGCAGGUGCUGCUGCAGAGCACCGAGAGCACAACACUGAGCCUCAGGGUUUCCUGCCCGCUCUGCGCCGACGCCGGUGCAACGCUCAUCCUGGUAUCCGGCGGCUCUGAGACACCGCAGCGCGUCAGCCAGCGGGAACAAUCCCACCGGCCCUUCCUCAUGGCCGUGGUCCGGCAGGAGGAUAGCAACGAGUCGCGGCGGCGCAGGAAGCGCGGCCUGGAGUGUGACGGGAAGGUCCGCAUCUGCUGCAAACGCCAGUUCUACGUCAACUUCAAAGACAUCGGCUGGAACGACUGGAUAAUCGCACCAUCGGGUUACCACGCCAACUACUGCGAGGGGGACUGCCCGUCCCACGUGGCGAGCAUCACCGGGUCCACGUUUUCCUUCCACUCCACCGUCAUCAGCCACUACCGCAUGAGGGGCUACAGCCCUUUCCAGAACCUGAGGUCGUGCUGCGUGCCCACUCGGCUACGAGCCAUGUCCAUGCUGUACUACAACGAGGAGCAGAAAAUCAUCAAGAAGGACAUCCAGAACAUGAUCGUGGAGGAGUGCGGCUGCUCGUAGACACAACCUGAACUGGACUGGAGAGGAGAAGGACUCGUGAACCCAGAGAGAGAGAAACAGGGAGGCGACGGAGGGAGGAGAGGAACACGUGACUGUACGAUCAUCGUCACUUCGACCUCCGCCCUCCGUCCCUCCGUCACUCGGGGUCGCUCUCUGGGAAUAAAAACUCUUCUCCGUCCUCAUCCAGCAGAACUCAGAAAGAGUCUCGACGGCACUUUCAGAAAAAAAACGAAAAGAAAAAAAGAUAGAAAAAAAAAGAUAUCUAAUAUAUUUUUGUUACAAACGGAAGAAACUUAUUUAUGUGUGUGAGACGUUCAGGCACCGUCGACCCGUCGGAGAAACGAGGUGCCUGAAGAACUACUAACAAACAAAUCUCAAAACUAUGCAACUUGUUUCACGUAUUACGAUCUUAUUUUACUUUGUCUCGAUGUUUUUGUUUCCCAACUGUUUACUUUCUUUCAAAAUGUACAAGGAAGAAAGAAGAAGACUCUUUUGUAUUUGUAUUUUUUGGAAGUAUAAAUUUGUGAGUGUGUGUGUGUGUGUGUGUGCGUGUGUGUGUGUGUGUGUGUUGAGAGAUACUUGAAAGAAACAAGUUGGCCCGGCUGCUGGAACCAAACUCUUCUUUAUGUUACCAUGGCUACCAUGUUGAUGUUAUAAUUAUUAUUGUCAGUAAGUAUAUUAAUAAUAUUAUUGUUAUUAUUGUUAAUAAUAUUUUGUUUAGCUGCAUUUGUGUUAUUAUGUUGUUGUUUUUUAAGAAUUGUUUUUGGUUUGUUUUGUUUAGUUUUCUUGCACUAUAGUUCAGAUUCUGCAGAGACCCUCAGAGAGGACAGACUGGAGCUUCCUGUUUGGGGUGAACUCCAGGUUACACACCUGAGAGGUGUGUCCCCACCAUAACACAGGUGUAGCUGAUACGUUGUCAUUUGUAGGGCUGAAGCCAGGAUUUGUAAAAUACUGAGAUCAUGACACUAAAAACAAGCGUCUAAAAUGACAAAACUACAUUUUCUGGAUUUUUUCUCAUUUUUCUUAAAUGCGUUAAAUGUUCAAUUACAUUGAAUUGUACAUUUUAUUUCCAAUAUGAAGGUUGAAACGUCUUAAAACCUUGAAAUGAAAAACAGAAAUGCUGUUUUAAUUGUAAUUAUUAUUUAUUAUUAUUGGCAUCAAAGUAUCCCCAACAAUCCCCCAAAUUAAAUGUAUACAAAUACAGAAGAUUUGACCUCAACAGAUGCUACAGCUACAAAAUCUCCACCAGAACUCACAUUAGAAAAAGUGGAAAUAUAUACUGAGAGCUAAACAUCAUGUAGAAAGAUAAGUAUUGACUUUGCAUUUGUAGAGAGAAGUUGAAGGUUUUCCCAUUCACUUCAAUACAGCUGCAGUUUUCUGGCAGCUGGUGGUCGUUAGAGGAACUGCAGGACAAACCAACAGAUAACAUGUUUAAUAUGUAGCGAUGCUAGCAGGUCAGUUAGCACUGAACGCUAGCAACUAAAUAUAAAACAUUAUACGUGUGUAAACAAUUGAAAAAAGAACAUGAUGAGCGCUAAUGACUGCAGCAAAGUAACUGUCGCACCAUCAGGAACUUCCUGUCUGUCCAGUCAGAUGCUAUGAGGAUUUUUUUGAAGUCAAGAAAUUAAAAGCACUUAGAAGAAGAUUUAUUUUAGAUUUGGCUCAUAAUUAAAAUUCGACAAAAAAAUGUACUUCUCUGGGCCAAGAUACGGUCUAAUUAUUCAGUGACAGCUAUCCAACCUCUAGCCAACCGCUAGCCAACCGCUAGCUAACCGCUAGCCCAUCUAACCUCCGAAAAACACAACAAAAAGAACAAAAACACAGACUUAAAGCACAAGAACAAACCCCUUAAAACAACUUCCAUAUCUUUGUCUCUGGUGGAUGUUUACAGUUUGUUAACUAGCUAAAGCGCUAACUAGCAUUAGCCAAGAGAACGCAAGUUGUUGUUAGUUUUCAUCAUUAUGCACUAACAACAGAAACACUUUAUUUCUUUAUAAAGGAACAUGAAUAACGACAUUAAAAAGCAGCAGUUCAUGUGGAUUUAUUCGAGAAAUUGUAUAAAAUAAGUGUUUUUGUUUGUAGUGAUGAGCAGAUGACAGUUUUCACCAGAGACAAAGAGUCUUUCAAAUGCGUUGCAAAUGUUUUCACAGUAAAAUAAGAUCGGUGGGUUCACGUUGAGGAGAAAAGGUUCAUAGUUUGCUUUCGCACCAAAGAGUCGAGUCGGCACUUGUUUGUGUGAGAGAAACUGUUGCAUUCAAAGAAAAGAAAACUUCCAACUUGAUUCAUGUCGAGUUUGUGGGAAAAAAUACAGAAAAUUCACUGAAGUCUGUAAAAACGUUUGUGGAUCAGCGUCUUUGAAGUUGAACUUUCAUAAAGAGGAGUUUUAUUUAUACUUUAUAGUUUUUCUUGGAGAUUUGUUUAGUUUUUGGUCAUUUUGGAACGACAUUGUUUGAGUUUUAUUUCCUCUUCCUCUCCCCUGCACAUCAACAACUCCAUUUCCCACAAUGCUUUACUCUUUCAUUUGAUCUCAUGAACUGAAAUCACCUUGUUCUGUUUCUGGGAGAAAACAAACGUCGUGUUUCCGUGUUGUACGUGUUUAUAUCAGUAUUGUCGACUUGUUCACCAAAAGUUUAUAAAGAGUAUCGGUCCCUUGUUGAUGAAGUCACACGUGUUCUGUUGUUAUUUUUAUUGUUAUUGUUUUUAAAGGGUGGACCCUCUUCUUCUGGACUCUUUGGGACACACUUGCAGUCCAUCCGGUGUGUUCAUGGACACAUACAAAAUGUCAGUGCAGAAAAAAAAGUUUAAAAAAGG